AUGAAUGGCUGUCAUCCAAAUGAAGAAGAACAAAUUAUGGAAGAUCCAGAGUAUGAAUAUUAUGAUUUAGUUUAUCCUAGUAGAUAUAAUCAAUUCGAGAUUUUCGUUCCAGAUUUCGUUCUUGAUUAUCUUAAAACUAUUGAAUAUCCUAAAUGCUAUAAAUAUAGAGGACUCUCUAUUUAUUCUUAUUCACCUUGCUUAGUUCCAUUUACCAAAGGAAUUGAUCUUACAGAAGAAGAUCUUGAUUCAUUAGCAAGAAUCAGUAUUCGUACAUUUCUAAAAGAUUACGAUGUUAAUGACCCUAUAUUUUUCCUUGAACAAUUAUGCAGUAUCAGUGUUGAAAUCGAUUUUUUUGUUUUGCCUUUUCUUUCAAAACCAAGCGUAAAUGCUCCGAAUGAUAUUAUUAAAUUCAUGGAAAUUUUUUCAAAACAAGCACGUAUCAAAGAAGAUUUUCAAUAUUAUUUCGCGUUUCCAUACGACUAUGAAUCAGAAACAAAUACUAAAGAUCGAUGCAAAGUACUUCCACUUUUCUACGAUUACUCUCAACUCGAAACAGAUAAUCCUUUCAAAAAGGUUCUUGUUUAUCUUAAAAUUAUUCAACUAGACAACAAACCAGAUUCUCAAAUAAAUGAUGAAUCCAAUAAAACAUUAGAUUUAACAGGAAAAUCUAAAGACAACAAAUCAACAAAUUCUACACAAAAGACUCAAUGUAUUGAAUCAAUCACGAAAAAAAAAAUAAAAAAAACUAAUUAUCAAACUAACAAAUCAGUUUAUUCCAUAAGGAAAGAUCAAGGAACAGACCCAAUCUUCCAAAAAAACCAAUUAUCAAACUAA